AAUCAAUCGACCACCGGCGUGAACGCCUCUAUCGACCAUUGCGCCAACUACGUCGCGGCAAUCCGGGGAGUUGAGAUCAACUCUUUUCCCGUCCAUGACGUUUAAUGGUAUGCACUAAUAUUUCGCGAUAACCAAGAACUAUUUUGAAAAAGUGAAGUUCACGGAGUUAAAAAACUUAACAGACAUGCUCCUAGUGCGGGUGUUUUGUGUUCUUGUGCUCGGAUACUGUGUGACGGCUUCCGAAAACCAACAAUACAACUCAGAUGACGCUCCUCGCCUCGACAUUGAUAACCUGGAGAACGGUUACCAUGGCAUCGUAAAAGAGAACGAAACGGUGGUGGAAGUCACCCCGCCGAUCAGGGCCACCGGGGCCGAGGUAUGUCGCUUCCGGAUAGUGAACAAGCACCACGGCGAGGCCCCCUUCGAAAUCGAAUUGCGAGAGGACGGCCGCGCGGAAUUGAGAGCGCGUCGCAGCCUCAACUGCGAGAAGAGGAAGAACUACAAGUUUGACAUUGCUGCGGUCGGAUGUAACGGAAAACAAAGCGUGAGUGCCACAGUUCACAUUACCGUAUCAGACGUCAACGAGUAUGCCCCGACAUUCACUGAACCCAGUUACGUCAGACAAGUCGACGAAGGCCGAAUCUAUCCCGAAAUCGUCCGAGUUGAAGCCACCGAUAGGGAUUGCACCCCCAAAUUCGGUGACGUAUGCAAAUACGAGAUCUUGACAUCCGAUCAGCCCUUCGUCAUUGAUAUGGACGGCGUUAUCAGAAAUACUGAGCCGCUAGAUUAUGAACGCUCUCACAAUCACAUUCUCAGCGUCAUUGCAUAUGAUUGUGGCAUGCGUCAAUCUUUCCCAGCUCUGGUCACCAUCAAAGUUAACAGAGUCUGCAGACUUGGUUGGAGGGGAUUACCCGAAAGAGUUGAUUACGCUCCCAUGACUGGAAAACAAGAACUAUUCCCCAAUGCCAAUUUACAGCUGUGUGACAUUCCAUGCAAUGUUCGCGAAUUAAGAGCUAGAGUUGAUUUGGCAACCAGACAUAUCGGUAAAGGCUGUGAUAGAGAUACGUAUUCUGUUCAGUCACAACGUAAACUAUGUGGAGCUUCACCUUCAGCUAUUGACCUACUCCCAUCUCCAGGCGCUGGAGCCGAAUGGACUAAACCUCUAAUAUCCGAUGAAGGUCACGAGUCAGAUCAGAUGUUCGAAUUCGAUGGAAGCAGUACUGCUGUUUCUAUCCCGAACUCUGUAUUGGACCACAAUUUACCAGCUACAUUCACUAUUGCUACUUGGAUGAGACACGGAGAACACAACAGUCAAGAUAAGCAUAUCAAGGAGCAUAUUCUAUGUUCUGCCGACGACCACAGUCCACCUUUACAUGAAAUUUUUGAAAUGAACAGACAUCACUAUGCUUUCUUUGUCCGAAAUUGCCGUUUGAUUUUACUGCUCAGACGUGAUUUCUCAGAAGGGGACUUGAAUAUCUUCAGGCCAGCCGAAUGGAGAUGGAAAAUCCCACAAGUUUGUGAUGAUCAGUGGCAUCAUUACGCUAUCAACGUACGAUUCCCCGAUGUCGAGCUCUAUAUCGAUGGCCAACUUUUCAGAACCGAAAAGAAAAAUCCCGAAGUAAUCGAUGACUGGCCAUUACAUCCCACCAAGGGCAUAAAUACCACUCUUACAGUUGGGGCAUGUUGGCAAGGAUCGGAUAAUAAGAUGAAACACCACUUGAAAGGAUACUUAGCUGGAUUAAGUGUACUUGUUGGAGAAAAUGAAAAACCAGAGGUGCUUAGUUGCUUACAUCAAUGCAAAGAGAGUUUACAGGUGCCCAGUAUGGAGCUAUUGCAACCAGGAAUGGAGCUGUUAACAAAUUCCGAUUUGACCGAAGUUACUGUUGAAGGCGAUAACCGUACCAAUUUGGAAAUAUUAGUCCGAAAAAUUGGAUACGCCAAUACUAGAGAAUUUCCAACUCCUGGACGUAGAAAUUUGAGAUUGAUGACUACUGUUACGUGCGAUAACGGCAAGACAAUUAAAGUACCAGACGCUCAAACAUAUGUCAUGGUUCUUAGACCACAAACCCCCAGUAUCAACUUGAACGGUACCGGCAAUAUGGCACGAAAAUAUGAAGAUUUUAGAAUGGGCGUAAGAGUUUUGGCUGAUAUUCAUAUUUCUGGCGAACAAAAAUUAGACAAAUGUCAAUUGACCAUUUAUCCAAACUUAAAUCCCGAUCAUGAAAAUUUGGCUGUACCAGAAGAAAUGUUGAAGCAUUUAGGAAUGGCAGCGCGUGUAUCCAAAGAUGGAGUAACUAUUAGCGGUUCUGAUAUGGUCUUCAACUAUCAACAAGUACUGCGGCAAAUUGUGUAUACCAACAGGAAACCUGCAUAUUAUUUGAACAGAGUUUUCAAAUUGACAUGCUCAGAACUAAAUGGUAGAUUUACUAGUAACGAAUAUGUUCAAACAUUGACUGUCAUUCAUCCAGUUAAAGAAUCUAUUGUGGCACAUGCGAAAGUUAAUAAGCAUAAUGUUGAAAUUAGACCAGCCUCUGUCAUUUCCCACGAAUAUGUACAAGCUAGCCAUCUGAAUCUUAUGGCUUCUGGUGGAUCUCAUGCUGUAACCAUUAUAGUGGUUGUUUGUGUUGGAUUUUUACUCUUUAUGAUUGUUUUGGGAAUAAUCAGGAUUCGAGCUGCACAUCAAAAAACAUCAAGUGAGGAAGCUCAAGAUGGAGAAAUGACCUGGGAUGAUUCUGCCUUAACUAUAACUGUCAAUCCAAUGGAGAAUGCCGAACGUAAACUAGAACGCAAUGGUUGUUCCGGGGAUUAUUCUGAAUCUGAACAAUCUGAUUCUGAAUCAUCAUCUGAUGAAGAUGGUCCUGGAGAUGGCCCAUGUCGCAUAAGAGCUGACUCCUCUGAAGAGGAUGAAGACGAAAUUCCAACUUCCACAAGACGCAAGCGCGAUUAUCAAAAUGUCUCGCAGCUCGAGUGGGACAACAGCACGAUGUAAAUUGUUCUAAGGGUGCGGUAAGUUGGAUAAAAAGGAUGAGAAAUACAAACUAAAAUAAAACAUUUGACCCCCGUGUUCCAUUGUAGACAUUCAAACAGUUAUAUGCAAUUAAUUGUAUACCUACUUUACUUGUCUCUCAUAACCCAAUUUAUUAUUUCAGUCUACCCUUUUUCAUCCUUUUUAUUUUGUAAUUUCUUACCAAACAAGAAGGUAUUUUUAAUGAAUCAGUGCUGUUUAAUAACAAAUCCAUUCAACUAUUUUGUGCCAUAAGAGCAAAUGGUAAGGCACUAAACAAAUUUUUGCGUUUACUACACUGUUAAAAAUUACAAAAUUAUUAAUAAAAGACGAAAAACUGUCUUAUGUUCUUCUUGUCCAUCUUGUAAAAGAUUUAGCAGUGUAUUUAGUAGAUGCAAUUAUUAAUUGAUAUCAACAAUAAUCGUCCAUGAAAUUACUGUUAGAAGUUAUAGUAUGUUGUAUAAUGUACUCCCUUUACAUUAUUAUUUGUCUAGGGUAGUCAAGGUUUUGGUUGUUAAAUCAAAGCGUUACAAGGCUUUCUUUUAUUGUCUCUCAAAAGCGAUAUUUUUUUAACCUCUAUUAAUAAUAAUGUAAAUCUUGCAGCUUAAAUUUAAAUAGUUAAUAAUUAUGUCUGUCAUGUCUGGCUUUGUACCUCAGUUUGACAGAUAUUACUUCGAAUAAAUUAAAACUAAAAAUUCGUUUUAAAAUUUGAUAAGUUUUAAAGUGUGUUUUUUUAAAAUUAACAGUUUGUUUUUGCUUGACUUUCAAUUGACAAAUUAUUUACAUAUAUAUGAUAUAUUUUAUCAAGAUAAGUAUUACCAUUUUUGUGUUUCUUUUUGUACUUAAGUAGUUAUAAGUAAAUUAACAGCCGUUGUUCCUUAUCACUGUUUUAACGUCACAAUAAUCUAUCGAUCAUAUCAAUUUUUUACAUGUGUGCAAUCACUUCCGGCUGUUUUAUUUUGUAUUUCUAACUUUUGUAAAGAUUUGCACUUCUGUCUACUUAGAAAAGAAACAUAACCUUAAAUUUAGCUUUGGCAAGAUGUCUUUGCUAUAUGUUACAAGGAGGAUAUGUUUCAUAAAAUUAACUUAGGAAACAUAAGUAUAUAUAUUCUAACCUAAGAGCCUUUAUGCUAGGUUGUCACUGUUUCACCUUGUCGGAAUUUGUAACUUUUCAAGUUUUACUGUUUAAUUAUCUUUAAGAUAUAGACAUAUUAAUAACCUGUAAAACAUCUUUCAGCUUCAUGCGAGUGUAUGAGUGUGACUGUUUAUCGCUAUAUCUUCAAGAAAUUAAGCCUAAAACACAAAGUUACCUCUGAGUAGUGUCAAUGUGUCUGCCUUUUUUACUCGCACAAUUAUCUUUUUUUUUAUUUUUAAAUAUAUGUCAAAAUGGUGUAAAUACAUUCUGCAGGUCUAGAGUUAUUUUUUAUUGUAUCGUAACAAAACAUUAUAUAGGUACUUAAAAAAGAUCAAGUAAAUAUACUUAACAAUAAAAUAAUAUACUUAGUUUUAUUUUGGAAUAUCUAAAAAAAUCAAUAACCCAAAUUUAGCGCAAUAUUUGUAUUAGAAAAAUGAAAAUGUCCAAUUAUUAAUUAUUCUGCAAUAUUAUAUCAUUAUUUAAAUCAUUUCUCCCUGUAUUUAUGUUAAAGUGAUGUUAGAAGUAGAUUGCUGUGAUUUAACAGAAAUAAUUUAAAAAUUAGUUUGAUGCUGGUACUUUAUUAAAACCGAGCAAGUUUUCGACGUUGGAAUUAGACAUUUAUGAAUUUGAUUUAUUUCCUGUACAUAAGAAAUUGUAGAAAGUAGUUUGGAUUGUUAGUCACGGUAUUGUUGUUACUUAAAAGAAAAUUUAACUUAAAGUUGGCGCGUUGCGCAACAUGACUUAAAAUGUUAUAUUUUAAAAUAUGUAAAUUUAUGUAGAAGCAGUAAAAGUAAAACAAAACUUGCUUUGUUUUGAUUCCACUCAAAUAUAUCAAGAACACAAAAGGUAAACUAUUUUUUAUCGAAAUACGUAAUACAUGAUAAAGUUAGAACAUUCCAUUUAAAUAAGGGGCAGUAAGUGUCAAAUUCUGCCGGUCAACCUAGUAUUAUCAGUUGAAGGAAGACUUUGACAAAAACUGUAUAAUUUUAAUUUGUGUAAUGUAAACAAAAGGAAAAGCUUUUUUGUGUGUUAAAGUGUAAGGAAUCAGAAUCAAAUAACCAUGUCUUUUUAGAUGUAAAUCACAAUAAUUAUGUAUUGAAUAAAUGUAU